ACUUGGUAACUUAACAAGAUGGAGACUGAUACAUUGUUUUUGGGGGCAGCAAAGCAGGAAGCUUAUUAGCUGUCAAAAGCUCUGGAGAGCAGCCACUCAGCUCCCCUUCCAUUUUCUUCCUCCUCCCUACCUUCCCCCUCUCAAUUUGGUCUCAUCCAUGGCACUCAGGAGGCAAGUGAAAAACUUUGUGAAAAAUUACUCAGAGGCAGAAAUCAAAGUCCGAGAAGCAACUUCUAAUGACCCUUGGGGUCCUUCAAGCUCGCUGAUGUUAGAUAUCAGUGACCUGACCUUCAAUACAGUUUCUCUCUCAGAAAUUAUGAACAUGCUGUGGCAGAGACUAAAUGACCAUGGGAAGAACUGGCGCCAUGUGUACAAGUCCCUCACACUCAUGGAUUAUCUCAUCAAGAAUGGGUCCAAAAAAGUCAUUCAGCUUUGCCGAGAGGGCUUCUUUAACAUUCAGACAUUGAAGGAUUUCCAUCACAUAGACGAAGCUGGAAAAGAUCAAGGUUACUACAUCCGGGAGAAAUCUAAGCAAAUCAUCACGUUGCUGAUAGAUGAGCAGCUGCUUCGUAAAGAGCGGGAGGUGGCCUGUCGGACCAGGAGGCGGACGUCCUACUCCAUGACGUUUCCGAAAAGACUGCCCAGCACCAGCCCUGCCCUGGCACCGGAUGCCCCUGCUUCCGAGAACAAGCGUAAACUUCUCAAGGUCUCCAGGCUGCACCUCACAAAAAGUACUUCCAAGACAGAAUUGAGACCAGAGCAGAGCUAUUGCAUCCAUAUGCCGAGCAGAAGUGCAGUGUCCCAGGAAACACUGCCACUCAAAAUGAAUGCUUGGAAAUCAGCAGAAGACCUGAUGGUAUUUUAUGAUGAAGAACCAAAGCAACUUUUGCCACCAACACCUACCAUGAUCCCUCCGACUUCAUUGGUGACAGAAGAGUGUGAAGAAGGAUAUAGCCUUUGGGAUUCAGAUGCUGUUCCUGCUCCUUUGGAAAAAAGUCCAUCUCUGCAUACAAAUUUGAGCUUGGGCAAAAGGCUAGACAGUUUUGGCAUCGGCCGAUUUGAUUUAUCAAAUCUUGCACUGGAAAACGCCAUGCAACGAUCUCCAGACUGUCAUUCCCCUCAGAAAAACUGUGACGCCUUGGGAAGCGUGCAGGGCCUCUGGCCACCGGGGAGAGACGAGGCUGUCAAUACCAACAUAAGGGUGUCCAAGUCUGAUCCUUUCUGCCAUAGAUCUCAGGCUUUUGUCCAUAGAUCCCAGGCUUCUGUAGAGACCCUCUAUGUGUCUCCCUCCUUCAAAGCCUUUGAACCUGUGAAGGAGAGUUUAAUUAGCAAGGAGCACCCAAAACCAAUGCAGAGUCCUUCCAAACAAUUUUCUGAGAAUAAUACAACACCUUUGCCAAAUCUCAGCUCUUACAGCAUUAAGAUGGAUGGUUUGGGCUUCAACCCUUUUGCAAGACAUGAUUCGACCAUCUCUGAAGGAACAUCCUCAUCUUUUUCUACCUUCUCCAUCUCAUCCCCUGACUUAGCCACUCCAGAAAGCAUCCUUCAUCCUUUAGGUCGGCCCUCUGGUGGACCUUCCCUUAGGCCUUCAUCGCAUGGGCCUUCCUCCUCCUCUGUGCACUUCAAGGAGAUGCAGGUCAGGGUUAACCACCCCUUUGCUCCUUGUCCAGCCUCUUCAGAUGAAGAUGAGAGUGACACCAUCAACCUGUUAGACAUCCUCCCUGAUAAUUCCACUUCUGCAGACCAUCGAACUCUCAAUGCUAUGAGGGGCAACUGGAUCAAGUUCCCCAUUCAGGAUAAGCAGUGCCUGACCUCGGCAUCGGAUCCUACUUCCCUUGCAAGCAAACGACUCCCUGAGGCAACUGGUGCCAACACGCCCAUCAUGGCAGAAUUAGUAGAGAUCAAAAACGCUAUUCAGAGAUUGCACGGAGAUCUGAGUGCCGUGGUCCAAGAGCUUCGCAUCGUCAACAGCCACCUGGUGAGCAUGGAGGCUGGAAACAGGCAGCGAGGCCCUCAGCCUCUCAGCAAGCCUCUCCUACCCCGAGCUUCCCCUCCCACGGACGGCCCGAGUCAGUUCUGACCUUCCAAAGGACGACGGUGGUACCUCCCUCACUCCUCCUCCCCCAAGAUGCUGGAGUUGACUUCACGGAUUUCUGGUCCCAGCAGCAGGAUCAGUGUGGCGGUUUCUCUUUUUCUUUUAAAUCUAUUAGCAAAUAUUUCUCCAAUCAGUAAGUAAAUUUGGGUGGCAGUAGGAGGGUGUGUGUGUCUUUCUUUUUUUUAAGGGAGGGAAAAGAUUUUAUGUUUGAUGCGCAUUUCCAGGUUUUAGGUAUAAGCACAUUGCAAACCCAAGGGAAUUUUAUCUUUGAUGUGCUGUUUUAUUUCAGAAUGAACAAAGCUGUCAUAAAAACCCUCUCUUCCAACUGGCUCCUUCUAUUGUCCAGUUCAUAGACAAGGGCUGCACCAGCCCAUUUAUAUUCAGUUACGUGUUAAUACACCUUAGCCUCGGCCUAGGAGGUCCACCUGAACUGUUAAACUCAUGCUGUCAUCGAGUCUGCGAAUGGUAAACAGGCUUGUGGCUCCCUCUCUGUGUGUCGUGGUCAGCUAGGAAUUAAAUAGAAACAAGGCCCCUCUAUGAUCCUACAGGCCCUGACAUAGCUGUUCAUUACAGCUUCUUAUUGUUCAUUUAAA